AGUAAGCUAAACGGUAAGAGAUCCGGGCUGCCGAUGGUGUGCAGUCGGUUGUUCUGGAUUAAGGAGUUGCCCGGCAGGCAGUGGUCAGGUUAAUGCCUACAGCUGGGAGCUGAAUCAAAAACACCAAUACUCAGAUAUCCAGCUAUCAUCAGACCCAACAGUUACCGGUCUUUCUUGCCGCUGAUUUCUCUGCCUCAGGGUUGCCUUGUCUGCUGUGGCCCUGCAUCAUGGAGAGCGUCCAUUGUGUCACUGAAGGCUGACCAGAAGGAAUGAGGCACUCUAGAAGAUGUUCCCAAGUGGCCUUGUGGAUGCAGUAGCUGGGAUUCGGAGUGCUUUUUUAUGACUAGUAUUGUAUGUGCGUCUGUGGGCACAUCCUAGGAGAACCUGCCUAUUCUUCAGGCAGGGACAUGCUACUCUGAGACUGGAGCUGGAGAAACACACAAGGACGAAGCCCCUCUGCUAAACUAGGAACACAAAGAAAAAAGGGAAGCGGGAGACCCGACUGAUAGACACGUGUGGCACGGUGUCUUCUGAAUCAUUGCAAAUUUUAACAGCGACACCUUUCCUCUGUCCUGUGAGAGUUUGUCUCCCUCCACCUCCCUAAAGCGUUUUCUGUCGUUGUCAUUGGAGUUUCUAUGGUUUGCAUGGCUGGAGAAUAACCGUGGAGAGGCCAGGGUAUCACAAGCUUAUGGAUUUUGAAAAGAGAGGGGGCAAGGGAGAGACAGAGGAAGGGAAAAAGAUGUCUAAGACAGCAGGUAGCAGGACUGGACAUGGGGGCCGAAGUUCAGGGACCAAUUCUGGAGUUCUUAUGGUUGGCCCAAACUUCCGCGUGGGUAAAAAAAUUGGCUGCGGGAACUUUGGAGAGCUGCGGUUGGGAAAAAAUCUCUAUACUAACGAAUAUGUCGCCAUCAAAUUGGAACCUAUAAAGUCCAGGGCGCCUCAGCUCCACUUGGAGUAUAGAUUUUACAAACAGUUGGGAAAUUCAGAGGGAAUCCCUCAGGUGUACUACUUUGGUCCUUGCGGGAAAUACAAUGCCAUGGUGCUGGAGCUGCUCGGGCCCAGUCUAGAGGACCUGUUUGACCUCUGUGACCGAACCUUCUCCCUCAAGACCGUCCUCAUGAUAGCCAUACAGCUGAUUACGCGGAUGGAGUACGUCCACACCAAGAGUCUGAUAUACAGAGACGUAAAGCCAGAAAACUUCCUGGUUGGGCGGCCAGGAAGCAAGAGGCAACACACCAUCCACAUCAUUGACUUUGGUCUGGCCAAAGAGUACAUAGACCCCGAGACCAAAAAACACAUCCCCUACCGGGAGCACAAGAGUCUGACUGGGACGGCACGCUACAUGAGCAUCAACACACACUUGGGAAAGGAGCAAAGCAGAAGGGAUGAUCUGGAGGCGCUGGGUCACAUGUUCAUGUACUUCCUCCGAGGAAGCCUACCCUGGCAGGGCCUAAAGGCGGACACUUUGAAGGAGAGGUAUCAGAAAAUUGGGGACACCAAACGAGCGACACCGAUUGAAGUGCUUUGUGAAAGCUUCCCUGAAGAGAUGGCCACCUACCUGCGCUAUGUGAGGAGGCUGGACUUCUUUGAGAAGCCUGAUUAUGACUACUUGAGGAAGCUCUUCACGGAUCUGUUCGACAGGAACAGCUAUAUCUUUGACUAUGAAUAUGACUGGGUCGGCAAAUCACUUCCCACACCAAUAGGCCCUAUCCCCAGUGACACGCCCCUGCCGCCCAGCAGCAGAGACAAAGCACAACAGCAGACCAAAAACCAGUCGCCUGAGCCCAAAGGAAGUGAGUCUCAGCCCACUCCAGUGACCAAUAAGGAGACUCUGGGGUCGCACCUCACAGCUGAGCGGCUGGGGGGCUCUGUUCAGGUCAUGAGUUCAACAAAUGGCGAGCUGAACACUGAUGAUCCCACAGCCGGACACUCCAACGCUCCCAUCACUGCUCCCACCGAGGUUGAAGUGGCUGACGAAACCAAGUGCUGUUGUUUCUUCAAAAGGAGAAAGAGGAAAGCCCUCCAGAGGCACAAGUGAAAGAAGCGCACGGAGAGAACUUGAAACAUUGUGGUCACUGUCAAGUUUUAAAUGGAAGCAACUACACAGACUCCCCCUCUGUCCCUUAUCUCUUUCCAGCUUCCCCCUCACCUCUUUAUCCCUCUCACCUUAUUCCCACUGUCACUCUGUACCCCCCCCCCCCUCGCGCUGUCUCUGUCGUUCUCAGUGCUCCCUGCUACGGGCGAGUUUAAGGAAUGUUGCAGUUCUACUGACUCCACAACAGACUCUUGAUUCCUUUAUCGACGAAAAAUAAACGUACAUGCAUUACAACGGGGGCUUGAGAAAAAGUAAAAAAAAAAAAAGCUGUAACAAUGAAACUCGAAUACCGUGGCGUGAAUAUGAAAAAAGAUACUGUUUGAAACAGUUGUGUAUUCUAGAUUCCAUAAGAGCGCGUGUUGUCAGCUGUUGAUCAGGGGAACCAUUCGAGUGGUUCACGUGAAUGAAAUCUGCUCCUUUUUAGGAUUUUUUUUUCUUUUCUUCCUUUGGUGUGUGUUUUGGGAUCAAGGUAAAGAGGAAAAGGUGAACUAUGCUGAUGUUAAAUCUGAGCGACACAGGAAGCAUUUCAUCUCUAAAACUGAAUUUGGAGGAUUAUUAUGUUUUUGUUUUUUUCUUUUUUUGUUAUUGAAUCCUCAGUUUUCGAAAUCAAAUCCCUGCAUUGAAAACUUAUUUUUAUGUUGUAGUGUUCUGGAGUUAAAUUUUGUUCUUCACUCUGGCUUUCUUUCUGUCUGUCAACGUGGACUUUGUAGCACAGUCACUGGCCUCAGGUACUGUGGAAGAUCGAGAGAAACAGAUAUUAAGCUCUCUUAUUAUUAUUGCACUUUUGGAAAAAAGAAAACAAUUACAGUGGAAAACUCAAGGGUUUGAAAUUAACAAUUACGAAAACAACCUAAUAAAGACUGAUCUAGGAAGAGUCCUUCACAACGCUUAUAUCUGAGUUAUGGAAAAAUGUUGUCGAUUUACAUGAAGAAAAAAAAGGAUAUGUCUUUCCAUUUUUAUUUCUUACUUCAAAAAUAAUUUACCAGGAAAUCAUAGUUUGUGCCUUUCUAAGUAAAAUGUUUAAAGCUCAA